AUGGACAGUACUCAACCGACACCAGUCCUAGACCUGGAUCUAGCAGCGUACAGAGACUCAUUAAGAUGGCUACUCAAUUACACGGCAGCGGACUUGCCACCUACAUCCUCGAUAGCCCAAAGCUUUUGGAGCGCUCAAAAGCAGCUUCAAGAUCCUGCUACCUGGGGCAUACAGUUCCAAAACUUCCAAAGCAUCCUGGUUUUCCCCUUCUGGCUUUUCAACGUAAACAAUUGGGGUAACAAGGAGACACACGCGAACACAACAGUUCCGAACCUGCCACCGGAGUUUUCAACGGAAGCCUCAAUCGUCGAGCCGUAUUCAAAAUUCAGGGUUCAGCCUGCGAUGUUCGCCCUCUUCCUGACGCUCCAAAUUGUCUCGUUGUUAUUUGUCGGAGGAGUCGUGGUGUGGGCUUGGAUAACCUCGAGGAUGCCUCUCAAGACGUCUUCAUUUCCGUUAUUCGAUAUUGCAUUCAGGGCGGAGGUGCAGAGUGACGUUGGAAACAAGGAUCUGAGCGAUCUGAGUGACUCAGAGAUUGUACACCUGAUGAGAAAUGCAAAAGCAGUUGGACGGUCUGAAGUUUGA